UUUACAGAUGGUUUGUGUGACUCUUAUCACUUAAUUUUUAUGAACAGAUGAAAUAGCAUUCUUAGUCAUUUCGCUUGUUUUAUGGUCUAAACAUUUCGUAAAUUAGCUAUUUUCUGUCAAAAUAUUCAUCAAUUGAUGCUGCUCCUCCUCCUCCUCCUCGCUAAUUGAUGCGGAUCUGACGAGAUUUCUACACUCAAACAGAGCGUUAAAAGAAGGUUGUAAGACGAUUUCUCUUCGGAGUGGACGGAAGAUGCGAUGCGAUUCCAGUAGAGGGUGUUGAAGUGCAAAGUCGAUACCUCAGUUGCCAUGGAGACGUAAGUGGUACCAUUGCGAGCAACAGUUCUCACGACACGUGGACUCUAUGUAUACACGAGCGACAUCCCUGAGAGAUGAAGUUAAAGCAACGAAUUUCGGCCGUUCUCCUCGGUUCCUGCUGUCUGGUGUGCACCAUUCUAUUGUUGGUGGAUCUAUACCUGAGCAGUCAGACGUCCGAAAACGUCAUACUAGAAGUACCCUUACAUCAGAGACGUUUUUUAGAUCAUAGGAAAAUUGAAGUGAACUCGGAGGUCAAUCCGGCCGCGGCGCUAAAAAUCACACCCGCCGAAAGUUCGGAGGUCGAAGACUUCGUCGACCUCUUACGUUACGUCAGACCGCAGCACGUUAGAGGCAUUGAAUCUAGAAGAAAGCCUUUCAAUCCCUCCAUCGGAGAACUUUUAGGAAUUGCCAAAAGACAGAACUUAACUAAUUGGGAACGUUUUCAUUUAGACAUCACGCAAAACGAAUUGUAUAGAGACGAUGCUCUUAUCGAUAAGUUAAUUCGUGACAUGAUCGACAUGCAAAUCGUACACGUUGAGCAGAAGGAGGGAGGAACACAAUUAAAAUUAAUCAUCGACUACGAAAAUGGGGGUAAAGCUUUGUUUAAACCUAUGAGAUUUCCAAGAGAAAAAGAAACCGAUCCGAAUCAUUUUUACUUUGUGGAUUUCGAACGACAUAACAGCGAGAUCGCGGCGUAUCAUUUGGAUAGAUUGUUAGGAUUUCGAAGGGCACCACCCGUGGUUGGAAGGAUUCUCAACAUGACAUCCGAAAUUUACGCUCUCAGCGAAUACGAAUUGAUAAAAACAUUUUUUAUAUCGCCAGCAAAUAAUUUAUGCUUUCACGGUCGUUGCGGUUAUUAUUGCGAUACGGGUCACGCCGUUUGUGGUCAUCCCGACACGUUAGAAGGUAGUUUUGCCGCUUUUCUACCACCGAAAACUUUAGCGGCAAGAAAAGUUUGGAGGCAUCCUUGGAGAAGAUCCUAUCACAAACGUCGUAAAGCGAGUUGGGAGUUAAAUAACGACUAUUGUAAAAACGUCAUCAAAUCUCCUCCCUACGACGAAGGUAGAAGAAUGGCAGAUCUGAUGGAUAUGGCCGUUCUAGAUUUUCUCAUUGGGAACAUGGAUCGACAUCAUUACGAAACAUUCAAGAUAUUCGGGAAUAACACUUUUACUCUUCAUUUGGAUCACGGACGGGGGUUUGGUAAGCCACACCACGACGAAAUGUCAAUCUUAGCACCCAUCUACCAAUGUUGCAUAAUUCGUCAAUCGACACUAAAAAGGUUGUUAGAUCUUUAUUUAGGAUCGCAGAAAUUAAGUGAUUUACUCAGGACGUCACUGAAAAACGAUCCCGUCGAUCCUAUAUUAACCGAACCUCAUCUUCGAGCCUUGGAUAGGAGAUUAAGAAUUAUUUUGGACAUUAUCAGAGAUUGUUUGGUAGACAAACGACCGGAUGACGUAAUUAUAUACGACAUCGCUUGAAUUUUAUAGCGAAAUAUAAGCUCGUAAAAAAAAA